AUGUCAAACGAUUGCAAGUCUUGUGGUGACGUAUGGCUACAUUGGUUCUGGUGCCUAUUUCUACAGAAGUGCAUCUGUAAGUACAUAAUUUGUUCUUCCUUCUUGAAUUUGAGCAUAUAGAAGAAUUUAUAUUGUUGGUUUUACUCUUUUUUUAGUUUUAACCUUCUUUUUAGGUAUUAUUAUUAUUAUUUAGAGCGUGAUGAGUUUUCUACCAGAAAUCUUGCUUCGAUGAAAAAAUCUAUUCAGUGCCUCGAGGAAGUCAUUUUCAAUUUUCCAAAAAAAGCUUUUAGCAAUAUCAACUCUUUUUUUUUUCUUUUCUUUUUCGCACUAAAUCUCAAAUGUUUUCAUCGUUCCGUGUAUGACCAGAGUUACUUACCAGCACAGCGCUAUAAAUCUCUAAUACCUAUGCUAACUGCAGUAACCAAGGGGGCGAUGAAACUCGAUUGCGGAAAUUUUGACCGAAGAUGUUAUUUUUUACCCAAUAUAUUCCUCACAUCGAUCAGAAUCUAAACGGAGAUCUCUCUUUUUUUUUUUAAUAAAUGCAAGGUGCCACAAGAUUAGCUUUAAAAAAAUAAUAAAUGCGCUACAUUUUCGACUUAUAUUUUUAAUAUUAAAAUAACGUUUCUAUUAAAUACUAUUAUUGUUACGGUUUCGCGAAGCAAACACGUUCCCGGCAAAAUACGUUUGAUUACAAGAUUUUUUUUUUUUUUAACACAAAAACACGGUCGCGCGAGUAUAAUAUUUUCCGACAUUUCACGCGACCCGCUACGAACGGCGCGAUAAUUCCGGCCACGGACAAUAUUAUAAUAUUUUCCGAUUGGAAAUUAUUUUCUAUUCAGUUGUCGUACGGCAGUAUAAUGUCGUUUUACAGUAGCUGAACGCCAUCUUGUCGAUAAUUCUCUGCCGUUCACGUGUUUUAGACGUUACAACGUGCGCGCAAAAGAAAUGCUUGGACUGGACGCACGUAUGUGGGUCUGCGGCUGCCGCGACGGCGGUGCCCGACGGGACGUACGGGCCGAUUCCAGCCGUCUCUGCCGUGGCCGUCGUCGUGUCGUCGCAGGAUCUCGCGUCGUCCUGUCCCGCGGACUUGGACGUUGGGCGGCUUGGCGAGCGGGCGUUCGAGAAAUUUUACGGCGUCGCUCGCACGGGGAUCCCGCGAGUGAUCUUCGAUUCGAUGGUGCCGCCGUCACCGCCGGUGUCGGCCAUUCCGGCCAUCGGUCAGUAUAGUACACGUUACGUAGCGUCCGAUAACGUUACGAGACUAGUUACACGGCGUCAUUCGCGUGCACGGCGAAUACCCGCCUUAUAG